GGACUCCAGCGUGAAAGGUUCGGAUCAGAACCGCUCUGGGUUCGGCUUGUGUGCUUCCUUGUCCUACUUCUCCCGAUCAACCUGAGUCCAAACGACGGUGGAGCGGUGAAACAGCGACACUGUGUGGCAGAAAUACAGCAGCAGCAGAAAUCUGGAAAGACACGGAACGACCAACUGUUGAUGAAGAAAGAUGGAGAUUCCCUCACUGCUCCAUCUGGAGGCUGAAGGAGCCUCACAAGUACCGGCUCCUCCUUUGGUUCCCGAUGCUCCACCUUCUUCCUCUGACGAUGGCGACUCUGCUGGGCUGAGUGGACAACCGGAUACAGUUCUCCCUUUAACUGGGCUUGAGGAGCAGCCAGCUCCAGCUGUCCUCGCUCCACCUUCAUCUGCUGGCGAUGCAGAGCUGCUGCCUGAGUCCUGGCGGGCAGCUCUCUCUGCAGAGCAGCAGCAGUGGAUCGGGCGGGUGCUGUUCACCAGGGACAGCUCGGGGAGAUCCAAGCUCACCACUGAGCUGAAUCUGUGGUGGAACCCUCCCCAGCCCCGCCCAAUCUACCACCAACCUCCCGCGUCCCCUGACCUGUUCUUCGCAUGUCGGCUGUUCCUGUGGAUGCCCCACAGGAUCUGGGGCCUUCAGCUGACAUGUCCCCAGCCUUUGUGUGGCGGGCCACUGACGAAGGCUGGGCUGUACAGGACCAUCCGGAGGGUCCUGGACAUCGACGGCUGGUACCUCAUGGCCACGGAGUACCUGGAGUGCCGUCGGUGUAAGAAGAAGGUCGGGGGUGGUCACAGGGGAUCGUACGGCAGCUGGCUCCCACCUACAGCUGCCAGUUUCCCGCUGUACUCACGUACAAGCUGUCCUGUGACCAAAGGGUGGUUGCACAGCUCAGGUCUCGCACGUUGGGCAACAGUGCCAACCGGCUGUACAACACCCUGCGGGAGCAGCACUCGGACUCCUGGAUGCGGAGAGCGAUCCACUACCUUGGCGUCUGCGAGCGGUUCCUGGCCUUGAACAAUGUGGGGGGGCAGUUUCCACCACCUCCACCUAUGCCCCCUCUUCCAUCACCCGUCUGGCUGCUGACGGUGUACGGCUACGACGUCCUGACGCGGCUGGACGAGUACAAGGCCAGGAUCACGUCCACCUUUGGAUCCAUCUUAAAAAUGGAUUCCACCAAGAAGGUGACGAAGAAGCUCGCAGGAGCUGCCUCCGACUCGGCCGCCUUGGUUACCAACGUAGGUAACGAGCACGGUCAGGUCCUCAUGAGCGUCCUCACCUGCUCUGAGGGCUCUGAGGGUCUGUCCAGGAUGGCGGCCGGGCUGAUGAGGCGGUAUCGACUCGCCAAGGUUCCUCCCCCCCAGCUCAUUUAUGUGGACCGCGACUGCUGCAGCACAGACGGUGUGUGCAGGACAGCUGCCUUAUUUUCGGAGUGGAGGCAGCUGGUGGUUCGACUUGACAUCGGGCACCUGAUGCGCCGCUUUGCGUCAGGUGUCACUACCAAGAGCCACCAGCUCUAUCCCACCUUCAUGAAGCAGCUGUCUCACUGCAUCUUCGAGGUGGACCCCGGAGAUGCCCGCCGUCUGACUCAGGCUAAGCGGUCCGAGCUGGAAGGGAAGCACGGGAUGGUCGGCCUGACGGAUGCGGACGUGAUCCAGAGGGUUUCCAAGGAGGAGUGGAGGCUCCACUGUCGUCGUCGGACACGUGGAGCUGAGGGGACGGCACUCCUCAUCCAAAGCCUUCUGGACACCUUCAGUGGCCCGGCAGGACGCGACACCCUGGACAUCCCGUUGCUGGAUGCUCUCCGCAUUCAGGAGAUCUGGAGCACCCAGAGGCGGCACCUUAGCUGCAUCCAGGACUGGCCGGGGGUGCAGCUCUACACCGAGACUGGCAGGCUGACCAAGGGCGGGGUCAGGCUGCCAGUUUAUCGCUGCGCUAGAGGCUCCACCUCUCUGGGGUCCUUCCACCUCCACCUCCAGCGGUUCAUCCCAGGGACGUCUGCCAGCCCCAAAUACUUCCAGGCGUUCCUGAUAGAUGGACUGGUGAGGUGGAACGAGGACCGAGCAGCAGCGGCUGCACCUCCGGCUGCAGCUGAGGAACAUCUGUCGCCUCUCCACUCCUACAGUGGCCACCUCAAGCACGCCCUUAACCAGAAGAGCCAAAGGGUGCUUGGUCUUCAGAUGGUUAAGGAUUUCACCAAACCUGCUGCGUACACAGGGGAGCUCAUCGGGGUGGAGUACCUGUACCAGCAGACGGGCAGCGUGCUUGAGGAUGUCAGCCUGGACCCUGACGCUCCGGACGAGGCUGCUGCUGUCACUGCUCUCCAAGAGGAGGAUGAGGGCAUCAAUGAGGAUGAAGACCCCACCAUCUCUGAGCCAGUCAUCAUCUCCUCUGACACAGCAGCCCGGUCAGGUGGUCCAGCUGGCACCAGCAGGUCUGGGAGCCAUCCAGUCCCCCCCACCACCACUGAAGACGAUGUCCGUCCUGGGACCUCGCAAACUGCUGGUCAGCAUCUCUCCUCAGACUCUGAGGAAGAGGUCCAGGGUCCGGAUAGUCAGCCAGGAUACCAGCAGAGGGCAGUGCUGGAGCAGGAAGCUGGACUCCUUCCUGCAGCUGCAGCUGUUUCCUGGGAGCCUCUUCCUGCAGCUAAAGGGCUGUCCUUGGUUCAGGUGGGACAGGGACAGCCCUUAGACAACAAGAGGCCAGAGGAGAAGAUGCCUCUGUCAUCAGCAUGUUCAGGGGCUGAACCCCAGCUGCCCCUGCUCGACCCUGAAGCUGCUCCUCCAUCACCACUACAACCAUCACCCCCUCCUCCUCCUGAGCGUGUGCCCAGGACCACCACCUUCAGAAGGAGGAAAGCGGCGGAAGCAGCAGCUGCAGCACCGGGAGAAGGCAUUCCAACAAAAGUCCGCCGACAGGUUGUGCAGUACAUCUGCACAAAGUGUGGCCAGCCGAAAAGGCUAGACACCGGCCACACACGGAUUGGUGGGGUGUCUUACUGUGCAACCGUCGGCGGGAAGAGUGUGGAGGAAUGGAGGGAAGAAAUGAAGAGGAAGGAACACUAAAGACUUUUUAAAAUAUAUAUUUAGUUUUUCUACUUUUGUUUUAUUGAAAAAUAAAUAUUUUUUUAUGUUGUUAAUGUUUAUGUAAUGAGCUUCCAUGAAGGUUUGUUACAACAUAGCUAAUUGAAACAAAACAGGAUGGGAAGAAAAACUCUACAGAAGUUAAUCUAACUUAUGUAAUAAAUAAACAAAUCUUUGCAAUAAAUCUAGACAGAUGAGCUGCACUUUCUGAACUAUAAAUGAUGUUUCUGAAGCAAAACACCAGCAGAGAUGAAAACAUCUGACAAACAAUAAAAAGGGGUCUUCCUGAUGAA